AUGAUAGUGGGAGCCCUUAAUGAUAGUAUGAUAGAGUCUUCCUUGUGUAAUUCAAACAUACCCGUAAUUAUAUCUGCUGUGAGCCAUUCAGGAAAGGCAUGGAUACAAGUGGUACAGGUUCUCCCAGAGCCAAAGUCUAAUGGAUACGGGGAGCUUGCUGUACUGGCAAGUUUAAAAAAAGUUGAGGUUUUAGUGAGCAAGAAUUUCAUAGUACAAGUUUGGCAAAAGUACCUUUUUUUCCAAGUCUUUCUGGUUCCCAUGCAAGGUUUUCAUACUUCCUCUUGCGCAGUAAAAAAAAACAAAAACAAAGGAAAUUUGAAUUAUUUAAGUAUAUGUGAAAGCAGUGGCGAUUUCAAAACAAGCCAAAAAAAUGAAGCUAUAAAUCGACUUCUAAAGAAAGGUUAA